CCAAAUUACAUACCCAUCUGCCACUAUAAAAACCGAAGUUGGGGUUGUUUCCACACAGCACAAACUAGCAAAUCCAGAUUUCAUAAAAACAGCAAGCAAUGGCCGGUUCAUCAUCAACAGGGAUGUGGUCAAUGAUCAAGGACAUUGAUCACACUAAAACUACUUGGGCAUUGAAGGUUCGGAUUGUCAGGGCUUAUGAGGUGCCUCCCCAUUCAAAGGGUGGGGAGACUCUUGAGAUGGUAUUGCAUGACGCAGAGGGCGAUCGGAUUCACGCAAUUAUCAAGCGCCCCCAGAUUGCUUUGUACAAGCCUAUUAUUACUGAGCACAACAUCUAUGCCAUAAGGAACUUCUUAGUUCUAGACAACUACCAAACGGUGAAGACCACAAAUCACCCCUACCUGAUUCAGUUCAUUUCUAAAACCCAGUUCAGGGAAGAAAAUAGAACAGAACUACCUAUGAUGAUCUAUGAUUUCCAGCCAUUUGAUAUGCUGCACGUCCAAAGGGUUAUCAAUGACAAAUAUCUCAUAGAUAUCAUUGGGAUGGUUAUCACCAAGAGCUUGGUACAAACCCAUAUCAUCCACGGGAAAACUGAAAGGGUUAUGGAAGUCACCGUUGGAGACCCAGAGGGUAACCGAAUGGGUUGUGUACUAUGGAACAAGUAUAUAGACCAGUAUCUGGAUUUCGUAAAGGAAAAUGAAGGAGUGCCCAUUUUUAUGAUUUUCCAACUAUGCCGACCCAAAAGAUUCCAAGGCAAUUUGACUGUGGCUUCUUCCUACGAUGUGUCCAAGCUCAUCCUAAACGGAAACACAGCUGAAUUCUUGGAAUUUCAGAGCGAGUACUAUGCAGUUUAUGGUUCACUUUAAUAAUAAUACUUAGGUUCUAAAAAAAUUACUUACAUUCAAAAGUAAUCAAACAAUGAACAUAUUUCCAGCUGACGGCAAUGAUGCCACAACUUAUACAUGUGUCACCCAUUGCUCACAAGGAGAAGCUAGGGACGACGUGCUAAGUGGCAAUGUAAUCCUAACCACUAUGAAAGAUUUGCUAAAAGCAACUGAGGUAAAUGGUGAAGCUUUGGAUCAAUUGUUAUUGUAAAGAGUAUCUAAAUGAACUUUUUAAAUGGUCAGGAGGAUAUUUACUGGGUCCUAACAGAGAUUGUUUCGAUCGAAAACUUUCGGGAAUGGUGCUACUGACGUGCACUUUGUCGUGGUGUGCACUCAAAAUAAAUACAAUACGACACUAAUACGUAGUAUAGCGUAGUAAGGUUCGUAUCCA